AUGGAGUACACCAAGAUAGGGGCACGGAAUGUGCGGGCGACGGUGUCAACACACAAGGCGGAGCUCCCGGGCCAUACGCAGCUGAAGCGGCGGCGCGGGCAGGUCAAGCCGGCGUCGCGUGAGGAGCUCGCGGCCGAGCUUGCGGCCCGCGAGGCGGCGGCGGGAGCGGGCGCAGGAGCCGGCGACGACGAUGGCGGGCAGGGGCGGGGCAAGCGGGCAAGGCUCAUGGCUGGCAACAGCAGCAGUAGCUCCUCCACCAGCAGUGGCGCGGGCUCGCAGCCGCCGUCGCAGCUGCAGGCUGCUGCGCUCGCCCAGUUUGCUGCUGUCGACGCCGACGUCAAGUCGGACGACUCGGACUCGGAGUCGGACGACGGCGGGCGCGGAGCGAUGGACGAGGGCAGCGUCGCUGGAGGAGCACCGCGAGGAGCUGGCAUGGGAGCAGGAGCGGGCUUGGACUCAGACUCGGACUCGGACUCGGACUCGGACUCGGACUCGGACAUGGAGCAGCUGAUGGCCGAGCUCAACAAGGUCCGUGCCGAAGCCAAGGAGCGGGCGGCGCGCGAGGAGCAGGCCCGGCGCGAGGAGCGCAAGGCCGAGCUGCUUGCGGCUGCCAGCAACGUCGGUGGUAGCAGCGGCAGCAGUGACUUUGCGCUCGGCCGCUCGUUCAUGGACGACACCGUGUUCCGCAACCAGGCGACCGACAUGGGCGUCAAGCGUGACGAGGGCUUUGUCAACGACACCAUCCGCAACGAGUUUCACCGCAAGUUUCUCAACAAAUACAUCAAGUGAGGGUAUGCGGCGCGCGGCGCGCAAGGGUUUACUUCUGGCGGUACGCGAUCUUGUCCAGAAAGUCGGUAAAGAUGGCCGGCGGG